AUGUCUUCAUCCACCUCCGACGAGUCAACAGAUGCUCCCCAACCGGUGAUGGAGAAAAGCUUGGAGAAACUCACUCCUAUCAGAAUGCGAAUUCCUGUAUGUCGCCCCGAGGAGCUUUUCCACCUUGGCCUUCCGGAGCAGUUUCUCCCCCUUACUACCCGCUACGAACUUCACUAUGGCGUCGCUUUCUCUUUUUCGCACUUUGUGGCGUUUGCCCGUGAUAUCAACCCGAAUCUCCCAGACAGCAACAUGGAAGCCUUGGUGUUCGGCAUGAGGUACCUCAGAAGGGUUACGAGGAUCCUCAAUUUGUACGUUGCGCUCGUCAAGAAUCCGGGCCGCUCAGCGCUACCCGACGAGCUGAUCGACGCGAAAACGGGCGGCGUCUGGAUCUUAUCGAUCUGUAGUUUCGACCAUCCCUGGGCAGAGGGACGGCCGUCACGCAAGGCUGUGGAAGCACUAAGCAGGAUUUUGGGUGAAGAAUAUCACUGGUGGGUUAGCAGGAACCCUAAAUCCCCAGAGUAG